CAGAAAUUACCAAACUCCAGAGGUGGAUAUACAGCAACUUGUUAGCCAAACACCGCCGACCUGAGUGUGGCAAAUACAGCAUCAACGAGGCGAAACAAGUGCUGCCAGAUCAUCUGUUGUACCUGCAUAUUUCCAUCGGGUCCAAGUUUUUGUCAACUUUUCUCCCGCAACGUGACACACUAUAUUUGUUUAAAAAUGGCUGUCUUUUUGAAAUGGUCAUUCCAAGGCAAUCGGACAAUCUGAUCAUCUCAGGAAAGAAGAGUGUAGAUGCAGAAUUUCGCAAACCCAUUUAGCUUACUAGAUAUGAACAUAUAGCUGUUGGUUCUGUGAUCAUCAAAUAUACACUAAUAGAAAUGGCUGUGGGCAAUUUCAGGGUGAACAACAAAGGAAGAUAACCAAUACAAUAGGCACAUACAAAAGAAGUGAUAAUAUAUGAUGGGAGAUUUAUUGUCAAUCAACUACUUAAUAUGAAUCGUGAACCAUAACAAACUGAGGUCACCUAUAAAUCCUGGAAAUAGAAAAAGUUCACCAUGCAAGACGUAUGAACUGUAGUAGUUGAAGCAGCAGAGAUGUGUGGAGCCAUGCUAUAAUACAGCAACAUCCAAACUCAGUUGCUGCCAAUGAGCAAAAGUUACAAUGAGCAGCAGGGGCAUCAAUAGAUUCUCCAUGACUGCUUACCUGACAUCAAACCUGCUAAUGGUUCUCAUAAUAUCUGCCUCAGCCCUUGAUGAGCCUUCGCAGAAGACCAAAGAUAUCAUAGUGGCAGUACAAGAGAUGCAGCGUGCCAACUUCUUCACCUUCGUGAUGCUGAUUAAUAUGGCGAAGGAUGAAAUACCUAGCAACACCACGUUCCUGAUGCCCAGUGAUCGGAUGCUGUCAAAAGCCUCCAUCCCUCAGAACAAGGUUAUGGAGUUCUUGUCAAGGCAUUCGAUGCCGUCGCCGCUUUUGUUCGAGGAUUUGAAACGUCUCCCUUCUGGAACCAUCAUUCCUACGUAUCAGCAAGAUUAUAAGAUCAGAAUAUACAACAAAGGAAGGAAAAGGCUGUACCUCAACAACAUCGAGCUUGUCAGGCCAAACAUCUGUACUGCAGGAACUUCAUUCCGCUGCCAUGGAAUAAAUGGAAUUAUGAAGGCAGCAAUGCCCAGACGAGAUACUCCAGCCACAUGCUCGAAUGCAACUCCACCGACUGCAAAAACAGAACCACCAUCAGCUCCCCCUAGUGCACAACCACCACCACCACCACCACCUUUGGUAGGAACCCCGAGUACGAAGCCUACCAUUAGCCCAGCACCAGUGCAAUUUGACGAUGGACCUAGGAAGUCGGGUACUUCCAAACUUCACUCUCCAGGACUUUUUACCGCCACAGUAUCAUGCAUGAUAUUUUCAGUGAUGAAACUUCCAAUAUAG